CAUUUCUUAGAUAUGUCCGAUUUUGACUUUGAAUUAGAAAAUAUCAAUGCCUCUUCAGAUCUAGUAACCUUUCUACCAGUAAGGGAUUGCUAUUCGAACGAAACCAGAAUUAGAUUACAGUGGAAUAUUGGAGAUUCUUUUGAUCCAGAAGUAUUGGAUUAUGUAGGACUUUUUAAUACCGAAUGGAAUUCAGUAGAUGAUUUCUUGGCAUAUAAAUGGGCACCCCUUUACCCCCGACAUGCUUACUCAAUCAGGCGUAGAUGUGUCCAGUUUAUGGAUGCUGAUCUUGAUCAUGUCAGGAUGCCCGGAGUAGAUUUUGUGUUUCUGUAUGUGGCUAAAGGGGAUCACGUUGUUGGCAUCAGUAACACAUUCCAGUUCCGUGGAUUGGCUGGCUAUGAAGAAGACUUCUACUUUGAUACAUUAGAGAAAUUAGCAGGCGCAAAUCCAACAACAGAAUCAAGGAAACGACAAACCACUGUCAGUUUACCUCCAGGAGUACCAUUGUGUUCGCCAUCAAAACGAAGAGUUUUCAAAGAAAGAAUAUUAACGGUGUAUAAAGAUCACAAAACCUUGGCUUCAGACUUUAAUCCUGCUCAAGCUUGGACUGAAAAUUUGAACAUUGUAAAGCAGCCUGUUGUUAAAGAGUAUGAUGACAAUGAACAAGCUGUUGUUUCUUAUGUCCCGGUUGUUCCGCUACAGAAAGAUGAUAACAAAGCUACCUCGGCACAGGUUGCUGUAGAGGGAAAGAACAAAUCCUCUAACAAGAAGCUGAUAUAUGACAUCAGAACUCAGAAUGCAAAAUGGAUCACGGAAGAAUUGGCAUUGAUACCGUACCCACCGUCUCCUCAGUGUAUUGAAUUUCCAAUAAGACUACCAUUACUUCCCGGACCACAAGGCAUUCUAGAGAUAAUUACAGCUGGAGCUGGAUCUUGUAAAUUCUGUAGUCUAAGCAAGGUCGUCAUAUCAGAAUUAGCACACCGUGAACAACUGCAUGAAGCAACAAUCAGGAACUUGAAGUCAAAUCUAGAUGCUGUGAAAGUAAAGGAAGUGAUUGUGAAGAAGAAGGAAAAGAGGCAUUACAAACCGUUCCAAGGAUCGAAGGAAGAACUGUUCUAUAAGAAGAAGAUAGGGGAUCUGUUGAGGAAGAACAAUUGUCUCUUAAAACAGGCUAAGCAUUGGAAGAACGAAUGUUUGAUUAGUCAACGGGAGACAAAAAACAUCAAGUUGACAGAGAAUAUUCAGAUUGUACAUGAUGAUAAUACACAGGGAACGCAAACAGCAGACCAUCUAAUCAAAGAAGCUGUUAAAGCUUUGACUGAGAAACAAACAACAGAUAGUGGCUGCAACACUUUUAAAUCGGAAUACAGCUCUGAUUCAGAAAAAGAGGAAAAUGGAUGGAAAAUACAAAAAUCCAAACGCAUGCUUCGCCUCCAGAAAGUGAUAUCUCAACAAAGUCAAACCAUUCAAACUGUUAACAGAAAUGUAGCUGUUCAACGUGCUGUCAUUGACAAACAAGCAAAGCAAAUAAAGGAACUUAAGAAAACACUUUCGAAACAAGGCAAGGCAAAGACAACGGCUGAUAGAAAGCUAACAGAAAUGACAGAAAGAGUCAGAAGUAUCCUACGUGGUCGCUUUAAAGAAAAGCAAGGAGAAUGGAGACAAUUUGCCAGGAAGAUCAAUAAUGGACCAAUCCAGGAAAUCAGACCUAUGGGAGCAACAGGAGCAGCUACCCAACAACAGGAGGCCAUAACAAAGCAACCUCGGCCCUUUUUGGGGAUCAACUCUACCUCUAUACUAGGAUUACCACAGCGUAUACCAGGCAAAUCUGAACGUAUAUGUACAACUUGUAAAAUGGUGUUCUCUCCAAAUGUCGACCCCCAUGUCAUAGAGGAACAUACAGUUUUUCAUCAGAUGUAUACUAAAAAGUUCCAUGCUGACUAAAUGUGUUGACAAUAACUCUACUUUUUCUACAUUGUUUUUAUUUUUGCAUUUAAAAUAAA